CGAGUAUCAAACCCAUGCAUCUGGUGCCGGCCUUUCUGAUAGCCGGAGAGCCAGUGGCAGCCAUGCUGCAAUAUUAAUAUUUAAAAAGUUGAACAACUGCAACAACUUCGAAAAAUCUUGCAUGAAAGGAGAUCACGUUAUUGCCUCCUGCCUGCGCUAAUUUACGUCCCUUGCCAACGGGUUUCCUUCUCACCCAAGUCGACGAGCGAGCUGAAAUGGCACUCAGCAGGAUCAGAGAUGAAAAUCUCUUUAUCAGCGGGAUUAUGAGCCUGAGCAAUAAAAGUGCCCUCAUGAAAGCAAAUAUCACACAUAUUGUUUCUGUACUUCGGUUAAAUCCAGACGAGGAGCGCUUUGAGUCUUUUGAACAUUUACAGAUCCCUGUGGACGAUGUCAGUGAUGAAGACCUCUUUCGGCAUUUCCCCACUACGAAUGCCUUUAUCAAAUCUGGCCUGGAUAGCGGUGGCGGGGUGCUGGUACAUUGGCUAUAUUCCCGCUCUAAACAGAUAUAUUUUAUGUAACCUUCUGAACUUCAUCACUAUGCUUCCUAUUUCAAUCUGUUUCUUUUUAUAGCCCUAAGAAUAGGAUCCAUUGCUUUCCUGUCGCGAACAAAUGUUACCUCGGCUAACAUUAAAAUCGUAACAGCGCGAUGGGCAAAUCCCGAUCUGCAACUGUCUGUAUUGCAUUUCUGCUUCACCGGGACCCUGGUGCAUUAACGCCCUGGGGGGCUCUUGAACUAAUUCGUCAGUCAAGACCACUAUGCGAACCAAAUGGCGGGUUCCAAGAGCAAUUGGAACUCUAUCACAAAAUGGGAUGCCCAGACAAUGUCACUGACCAUCCCUUGUAUAAACGCUGGGUAUACGAGCGAGCGCUCGAAGAGAGUGUUGCAUGUGGCCGUGCUCCUGAAAUUGAGCUCGUUAGAUUCGAGGAUGAGUGCGCGGAGCCCUCAAAUAAAACCGACGAAUCUACGGAAAUAAAGUGCCGCAAGUGCCGACGCAAAUUGGCAACUCUUCCCUUCAUAAUCCCUCACACACCACAAACUGACAAGCGAUUACCGCGAGGUCAUACUAUCCCGGAGGGACCGUGUGCUCAUAUAUUCUUACAUCCGCUAACGUGGAUGCGGCCCUCUCUCUUCCCUGAACAAGACAGUUCGUCGCCAGCAGCCAACUCAGCUGAUGAAUACAAAUAUACUCCUGAGGCACCACUUUCCGGACGCCUCACGUGCCCUAAUUCCGCCUGCGGCGCCAAUAUUGGAAAAUUCGCAUGGCAGGGCAUGAAAUGUAGCUGCGGAAACUGGGUUGUGCCUGCAAUUGGCUUGGCGCGGGCGCGAGUAGAUGUUGUGGACAGCGUUGUGCGGUGGGGGACGAUUGACGCUUCAGCUGGAAUCAGAGUACCGGCCAGGAUUGGAGGGGUAGCAGGUGGGGGAGUAGGAGGAGGAGCAUCAACCGCGGCUGAUCCCGCCGGAGGCCGGGGCCUUCUAUGAAUAUUUGUCAUAAUUUUCAAAAUUUCAACAAGGAAGCACCAACACUUCUUCUAAGGGGCGUGCGUUUAACAAGACAGGUUAGAAAUGUUAAAUGACAAGCGGAAUACAUUACCUACUGAUACAUCCCAAUAUGCCUAGCUUUGAUUAUCGGCUUGCGAUAUCUUUACGAAUUGAUACAUCAACUGUCGGAUAAUCUCCCCAAUGCCACACUUCUGAUUUAACACAA